AUGGACCCGAUCUCGCUCGGCACCGUCUCGAGCGUGCUCGCCAAGGUCGCGACGGCCGUGCUCGACAAGAUCAACAAGCUGCAGGACAUCAACGCCCAGGAAACGCAGGCGACAAAGCGGUACAAGCGUGCGCUGACCGUGUACGCGCGCGACGCGCAGGACGUGACGGGCAAGCUGGAGGCGAUCGUGCACUACGGCAAUCAGGGGGCCGUGGCGGCGCUCAUGGACUCGCCCGGCGGGAACGUGGCAUUUAGCGACCUCCGCGCGGCGCUCGCCGACGCGGAUCAGCUGCUGAGCGCUCAGGAGGGCGCCGCGGACGCUCUCCAAGCGAAGGUGCGCGCGCGCGGGAGCGUCGAUCUCGCCGCUUUGCUGUCCGACGCCGAUAAGGAUUUCCAACGGUUCAACGAGGUCCUCGGCGAUGCGACGAUCAAGCUUGACGAGUCCCGCGGACAGAUCUUGCAACGGUUCAAGCAGUUCUCCGAUCUGUAUGAGAUCCAUGGUUCCGGGAGCGUCAGCCUUACGCUCUCCCCCCGCCCUGUGUCCCGCGCAGUGUCACCAAACCCACAGAGGAUGAGCCCGGGCACACCAUCCUUUGGCCGUAAGGCGCUGGAUGCGGUUCAAGCGGCGUGCUACAACAACCCGUUCAAUAUCCGUGUGGACGUGACCUUCGCGUUGGAGAUCGCGAAGGACCUGGUGUUGAUUCCGGGAUCGCGCGGAGAUCGCGGAGACGAUUACUCGUCGUCGGUGAAAGGCCUGGCGGUAGAGUGGGUUGAAGAUCAUGUUGGCGAUGGCGCGUUGCCCGACCUCGCUCGUACACAGCUCACCGUGCUGCAAAAUCUCUCGCUGGUGCUGAACAACGAGUUGACCGCCUUCCAGGCGGCAGGGGACGCGGGGCAGAAGAGCCAGCCUGAGGCGACGCGCUGUGCACACCUGGUGGAUAUGCGCAAUACGGUGCAGAAGGGCAUCAACCGCGAGACGAGCAAGCGGUUCUCACUCGCGUUCUGUGGCAUGGUCAAGGCAGGAAAAUCCCUUUUCUUGAAUGCACUCAUGGGCCAGAUGAUCCUCCCGUCUGAUGAGCUCCCGUCGACCGCGUGGCCCUGCCGCGUACAACACGUCAAGGACCAGCGCAUACCGAGCCUCGACAUCGAUGCGUAUUUCUUCCAAAAGCUCAUCAGCGAGCUCCAGAGGGCGCGGUUCGGGCUCAUGAUGGCGAAUUACCAGCCACCGCGUGACACGGAUCCGUUUUCGGCACUGCUCAACGACACCUCCAGUGACGCGGAUACCGCGUGCGACGACCGCGAUAUUGAUACCGCGACGGCGGAGGUGACUUCCGCGGACAGGCUGCGCGAGAUCUACCAUUUAUGGAUCGAUCUUCACCCAGCGACUCAGAAGAAUUUGCUCAAGUUCGAGAAGGAGGGGUAUCACAUCCCGGAGAGGGCGUCAGGCGAGGAACAUGUGAUGGACCUGCUUGGGCAGGUCAACGACGUGGUCAGACUUUGCUAUCGAUUCGGUGUGGAGGUGCCAAGGGACAAGAACGCGAACUGGCCCGUUUUGCGGAUAGAUUUCGAGGCGUUGCGCGACGAGACAUUCGAAGGGGAGUUUGAGUUCAUUGACCUCCCAGGAAUAGGCGAGCACGGUGACGUGCACUUCAAAUUCGAAGAUUUAGUACGAAGUGUCGCGAGCGAGGUCAACGCGGUCAUCCCGAUCGUGUCGUUUAAAGAGGUCUCCAAGGAGAGUUGGAGGAACGAGCUCCCGUCGAUAGUCAUGGCCGGCGUAGGGCACCCGCCGGACCUGGUACUCUGCACCCACCUCGACCAGGUCGCAAAAGACCGCGUCACCGAACAGAUCGCGAGCGUUACGAAAGCGUUUUGGCCCCAGAAUCCUGACACGAAGCGAGUCCUGUGUUGCGCAUCCCGCAUGGGCUUCAGUGCCCGUGCUGUCCUGCGAAUGUCGAAGAAGCGCAAGCCGGAGUUCAAGCAGAUCUGGGAGGAAAACACGCUUGAGUACGAGUGUGCGGAGAAGAUUCUUGGCGCACACGAGCCUGAGGUGACGUACAGGAAGAUGGACUUCGCACUGUGGAGGAAGGCGCUGGAUGACCUGCUGAAGAAGAGCAUGCUCGCGGAUACGAUCAAGCGACUCAUCACGGACAUGAUCGAGUCGUCGCGCCGGCGGGCUCUGAUAAACGAGAACAUACAGCUGCACAAGCAGCUGCACAAAGCGAUCAUUUACCAACGCCGGGUCCUGCUUCCGAUGCGUUGCUCUGUGGAAGAGCGCGAAGAAGCGUACGCGGAAUUUCAGGCGGUGAAGAGCCAAUACGAAGCGGUGCUGAAGGAAUGGUCGGCCGUCAGUGCGCGUAUGGAGCUGCAAUCGGAAAAGAAGCUGCAGGAUCGCUUCGCGAUCCUUCAACGCGAAUCAGAUAAUGUAGCGAAGCGGGCAGUCGAGGAUACUGCGAAUCAGACAGAAACGAACGCCCACGACGAGUUGGUGUUCCGCAACAUCGGUGCGGCUGAGCGAUUCUUGCACCAAGUACAGGCCGAACUCAGCAAGAAGCUGUCGACUUUGAAGCAAAAAUUCGUCAAGAACGUACGCAAUCUGGCAAAUCAUCUGCGCGCUGAACACUUCAAGACGCUGCAAAGCCGCAUCAGGAGCAACAUCGCAGACGAUAUGCAGCAGGAUCUAAGGGAGGAGAUCAUGGAUGAACUGGACGACCGCAGCUCCAACGUCGAGGCGCUCACGUUCCACAGCGUCCGGCGCAAGGUGAUGCACACCAUCGCUACACGACACAAUGCAGCAUCGGCAUACCAUGCCCUCCAGGAGGCGAUUGCGAAGCCGUUCUUGGGGCAGUCCCUGGUGCAUGAAUUCGAUCAUGACGGCGAUGAAGCAGAGGGGAUUGACGAGCUGGGAUUCAUGUUACGGGCGCCCAUUGCAGUGAUCGCGGCUGUCCCGUGGCUGCUCGGAGCAGGGAUAUGGCCCUUCAUGAAAAGGUCGGAGCAACAUGUGCUGGACCAAACCGCCUUCCUGGAGGAGUUGAAGAAGCAUGUUGUCCGUCCCUUCUCCGACGCUUUAAAGCAAGAAGGAAAAAGGACCUUGGAACAGAUGAUGUCAAAGAGCUUUGAGGCAGCCAAGGAUGCGGUAAAGGAUUCGCUCGCGAACGAGGAGAAGCGGUUUGAGAACGAACGCAGACAGGAUAAGAACAAGUAUUCAUCAGAAACAGUGGCAUCGGCCGUAAGCACAUUGCUCGAUUUUCUCGCAGCGGAAUCGGCACUGUCCAAGAUUCAAAGCCAUCUGAAGAACUUGUGA